AUGGCGUACACGGUCGACAUGGGGUCGGAUAUCUUUUAUUCUACCAAAUGUGACUUAUAUCUUGCCCUGCAAGCCUCAGUGGAUAUGCUCGUUCCUGCAGGGGUUACAGGACUGCAAUCCGUGGAAACCCUCAAGAACGUACUAUAUUCAGGUACAAUAUGGGUAGACCAGCUGCCCGAGCUCAGACUGAAUGUUCAUGUCAGCGCCGAAUCCAACUUGGGCCGUCCAUUGUCAAUCCUUACCUCUCAAAUUGGGGACGCACUAUGCAACUCUCAGUGCUGGCUUGAAUUAGGUCUUGGAGUUCUUUUCAAAAACUGUGACCAUUGGACCGAAAAGACCACCUCUACGACUUUUCGUUUAUCGUUCGGAUUACGCAGAAGGCCUGGAGGAUCUGUAACAGCCGAAACAUCAAGACGUCCAUCCUUGGCCAAGUCCCUUACCAAUGCAGUUCCUCCUUUAUAUACUCCAGCUUUUCAUAUAUCUACAAUUAAUAUCUCGAUGACCUAUAGUCGCCACAGUCAACCCCUGCGAUAUAUCUCAUCAUCUACAGCGCCUGAGAACUGUGGGGUCACGCCGCACAUAGAAAUACCUUAUCGCAUCGACAAAGUUGUUGAACAUUCUCAAGAUUCUGCCCCUGCAAGUAUUCUACUAGCCAACGACACCUGCCAAGUCUCGGAGUUCAUAUCCUUGUUCAACGUCGGAUUCAGCACCCUCGUGCAUGACGAUCCACCCAGGAUUUACAAGUACCCAACGCUGAAGAAGAGCGAUUUGCAGUCUCUUUCUCGAAUUGCUCCUUCAGUAUUCAGUCUUAGAUACCGCGAAGUGAGAAACUGGUUAUCUCUAUGUAUCCGUCUAUACAUAUCUGACUCAAUUCAUUGA